CCAGCCCUACGUUUCUAACCUUCGCCUCGUUGGCACCUCUUUUGGAUUACCUUACCUCAUAAUUGUUGACUACAGUCCCGUCGUUCGAACUGCCGACAAUCGAGUCGAUUCCCUUUCAUCAUGGCAGCUCAUAAGGGCCAGCCCAAGCCUGGAAAGGCCGCUUCCGGUCAUGCGAAGAAACAAUCGUCCGUUGCCGCCGCAUCAACCCGACCCGUAGUCGUACCCGCUAUUCCGCUUCCUAUGAUGCCUAAACAACAAAACAAACACGUUCCGACCACUCCCUCUAACGGAUUCCCGGCUUCGUCUCUCGAGGCAGCUCUCGCCCUUCACAACGAUCAUGCCGAUCAUACUCCUGCGCCGGUAACCACAAGAGCUCAGCAUUCGGCCAAACCCUUAGCUAAUGAGGUUAACGGUACCAAUGUGGAGAAGCCCGAAAACACAACCAAGACUGUGAACGGCGCGCACCAUGCUGACAGCAACAGCAACGGCAAUAGCAACGGCACCGAGAAGAUUGAUACUCCUCUGGCCUCGACAAAUGGUGUGAACGGAACAAGCUCCGGUCCGCAACAGCUAUCUUCAACUUCCUCAGUCGUGGACACCGAGUUUGCUUUUGAAUCUAGAUCUGGCUCCGCAUCCGCAACAAAUGGUACCAACCAAGAACUAAUAGGCGCCAACUAUGCAGUCCAAAAUGUCUCGCAGCCCCAGUCGGCUACUUCUCCCUUGGACCAACUGCCGCCUUUCUACUAUCCUCCUCCUCCGCCGACCCACCCUCUACAGCACCAGCUGUCCACCGAUCAGAUUUCCACACAUGCAAACCUGCGCGGUCCGCCCCACAUGCACCACUACCAGCAUCAUCCCCAUAUGAGCAACGGUACUGGUGCUGCUGGUGCAGGUCCCGGUGGUGUCGUCUUUGGGGGUUUUGCUGGUUCUCAUACUCCCUCGCCAGUACCUCCGCCUGGCGGUUUCAUGCCGCCUCCACCUCCCGUUCCUGUUAAUGGGGAGAAUACUAUCCACCCACGACCAAAUGGUCAUCACCAUGCUAGCUCCGGUACCAAUGGUUUCCCCGGUCCAAUCACCACCCGAUUCGGACCCGAUAUGAUGCCCGCAUCUACCGUCGACUCGUUUGGGCCGGCUUCUGCAUCUGUGCCUCCUAAUCAUUUUGAUCCCUUCUCGCCUGGCUUUGGUCGCUUCGGUCUUUCUACUCCCCAUAGCUUUCCUGGCUCUCAUACCUCAGGCGAGCCAAAUGGCGUCGAGAAUGGAGCUAUGCCUCACCCUCCCAAUGGAAUGCCCUAUGGUGGUCACGGUUAUCAUGAGCAUCCUGUUGGCCACCCUCCCCCUGCGGCCAAUUUCCCGCCGUUCUUACCCCCGCCAGAAGCUUUCACCCAUCAACCCAACUUUUUCGACGAUGGUAUUAGAGAGAGUAUCAUGUACUUCCGAGACCAGUUCGAUAGUGGCGAGCUUACCGAUUGUAUUCUCGAGCUCGUCUCUACCAAGUGCUUGCAUCACCCUGUCAAGAUUACUGGCCACAAGCUUGUUCUAGCACGUAGCUCAGCAUUGAAGCACCACAUCAUGGCAGCGCGUGCUAAUGAUUCAGGUUCUCACACUAUUACGAUUGAGUCUGACGAUCAAUAUCUACGAUCGGAUGCUUGGUGGCAUGCUGUGCGUCGUCUGUACAUGUUCCCCUUACUCGACCCUCCCAUGUUGAACAACCCAGCUACUGGCUUGCACUUCGCCAAUGAUAAGGUCGAUCGAUUUCAGUUCUGCCUUGGGUAUGCCGCCGCAGGCCAUCUACUAAACAUGCACGAUGUGUUCAUACGUGGUCUGCAGAUGGCUGCUGAAUUCAUCAAUUGGGAUACACUCGAAGAAAGUCUUGGCUUUAUCUUUGAAGGUACCAGCCAACGACAUCUCACCUUCGACAACCAAGAUGUUGAUUUGGACUUUAUGUAUGGCCCGGAGGUUAGGUUCCUCUUAAAUGUCACCAUGAACUUCCUCAUCAACGCCUUUCCAUCGGACUUUGAAUUGGACCCGUUUGUCCCCGACCCUGUAAAGUUUGCGCGCAUUCCAACAGCCACCAAUAUGGUAUCUUCGCCAACAAGUAGUACGGCCCAUCCCAUCGCUCGAGGCACAAACACGCGUAGUCAGGCCAAGUCUAACCGCCUAACUAACAUCAAGUUUGGCGAUCUUCCUGCUACCCUCCCAGAAGAUGGCAAUGGCCCUCCGCGUGGACCUGCUCACUGCUCUCCUGUUCUAUCUCGCAUCUUAUUGAACCUUCCAUUCAAUGAACUUUGCGCUGUGCUAACCUCGGAAAGCCAUGGCAUCUCGGGAUGGAAUACAGCCCAAGACCGAUACCACGCAGUCGCUAACGUCGUAGCUGAGCGAGAGUCGCGACGACUACGCAUGGUCGAUGCCAUUCGCGCAGGAACAGUUCCUGGAUCUCCAAAGAUUCAACAACGGCUAUCGGCGCAACGACGUCAUGCUUGUGUCGAACCUUGGGAUGUCCUAAAUUGGCAAGAGGAAGUUGUACAGCCAAGAGGUGCCGAAGUCCCUCGAAUUAUCCGUCGAUGGGUCCCCCAAUUCUUGGUCGCCUCGGAGGUGCCACAGCAGUUGCAGCCGCAACUGUAUGAUCCCCGUAACUCCAUAGUCUAGCUGACUCAUCGGAACGUUAUGCGACGGGUUUACGAUUGAAUGACAAUAGCAUUGAUUGGCACGGAAGAACGAGGUUCCCCUUCUUCAUAUGGCAUACUCGUUCUUGGGCGUUUCUGUUUUCUGUUUUCUUUUUGGUUUGUCGGCAUUGCGUUCGGUGUUUAUUAGU